AUGGACUCCGUGAAGAGAGCUCUCGACAAGGGCAUGGACAAGGCUACUAACCCCAAGGAUGAGCCCCAAGUCCUCAACAAAUCCUCCUCCUCCUCCUCUUCACAAUCCCAAUCCCACGCACUCAACAUCAACCCCAACCUCACCGACCGCCAUCCUUCUCUGACGGGCAGCGGCGGCGGCGGCUUCGAUCAGCAGCAUCACCACGUCGUCGGGGAAAUGCCGCAGCCGGGAUCGGGCCAGAGGAGCGUGGGGUCGACGGGGGCGGGGAUAAAUACUUCUGGUAUGAAAGCCCCUACUGCAGGUGCAGGUCUUUGA